AUCGAGAUCUACUCACUUCUCUGACGCAUGUUUAGCGUGUGAGCCGAUCGUGUCGCGAAUGAGUGGAAGGAAGCAUUCCAUUCAAAAAUAUCGAACUUGACCAGCCGAACCGGCAAAGCGUCGUCUAUCCGCCUUCCGUCCGCCGUUGCUCCAAGGAACUGAGACCAACAAGACGAAACCAAAACAAAACCCUUUAUUGCCCGUAAUUGAAUACAAACAAGACUGCUUGUAAACACUGAGAGCGAGACUUCGUCGACGACGCCUCGCGCAUCACUCAGUGCGGCAAGGGAACUCACUCUCCAUGCCAAACUGAUUGGGUGUUUGCUCAGGAAGAGUUGUGCGAUGUUUUCCCUGCGCGAGACACUCGCGCCCCGGCUGCUGGACGCAGCAACGAUUGGUUCACGCCAUGCCACCAUCAGUUCGAAUCUCGAUGUCAUCCAACCGAGAGCUAAUACGGUAGAUUACACGGUCACAGCAAAGCUACGCAAGACUAAAGCGGGAAAACUGAUCGCGCGCGUGUUCGUUAGUUAGGGUUUCCGCGCCGGUCGAGCGGAGUUCUACGGGAGGAGAUCGAUGAUCUCUUUUUAAAUAGUCUGUAAGCCACGGGUACCGACGCAGUCACUGUUCGGGAUCGUAUCCGGAGUGGUCCAGUCUGGGAUAAUCCAAGAUUUUCCGUGGCACUUGCGAGGGAUCAAUCGUUUUACGGGGCUUAUUACGUUUUUAUUGCUUCGGCAGAACAAUAAUCAUUACGAGUGGUGAACCGUCGUUAAAACUUUUGAGGUUUUUCCGAAAAGUUGACUAAUUUUCGGAGCGUGUGAAAAGCAGAGCGAAAGCAGAGACACAGACUAGUAGCCGCUGUGGGACAACCAUCAAGCCAAGUGCGACGGAUGAUGAUGACUUGGAGAUGAUUAAUGGGGCAAUUUUCGAUUUUUUCGCUCCUCGUCGUACUCGUCAUCAACCAACGUUCCAAUAGUUGUUGCAGUUGUGUAGUGUUCUGUGUUUCCGCAAGGCACGGGAUCGCGUGCAGUUAACCGGCCAGACAACGCGUUCGUUACUCUGUGUGGUGGUUCGAAAAGUGUGUUUACUGCCCCGGCCGGUGCAAGGAAAGUAGGUGCAAUCCCUUUCUGAAGAGAUCGACCGUCGAGACUCGCAGUUUCGAAGAGGAGUGCGGUAAAGUGGUGGAUCGUCAUUGGACUGUAGACUAGCGUGUAAACAUAGUCCUGAACUCGGGAGAACAGAAUCGCUGACGGUUCAGAGUGUUCACGUCACGGUACUACAUUUAUCGUUGUUACCAAAAAAAAUGUCAUCUGAACGAUAGUUGUUCCGAGGAAGCGUUGCAUUAUUAUACUGUUUAUCUUUCGUUCCGUCCGUUCGUUCGCCCAUACGGUCCUCGCGGGUGUGAUUGAGUGUUCUUCUGGUUUUAUAACGACUCUCAUGGGAACAUCGACGUGAUCCGUUCGUCAAGAUCAGCUGAUGAAACUGUGAAUGAAGAGCUUGAUUCGUGUCGUUCGAGACGGGACAUUUAAGUGGAUUAAGUGAUAUCGAACCGAACAAUUCCCUGCGGUGAGUGCAUUUGCAUAACGAGUUUUGGUGGAGAUCAAGAAAAGUACGAUAGCCGAAUUCCCGUUAAAUUUGACUGAAAUCGUAACUGCAGUGGUCGUGUCUAACUGAACUACAGCGACGUUCGAAUUGAGCAAGUACAAGUUUCACAUCUACAUCGCCACAACAACCAGCAACAGCCGCAUCCGUUGGAGCCGAUAGAUCCCCAUCACUAUCCCGUGUCGCAACGAAAUUUCCAGCCACGGUCCGGCAAACAAGGGAAACAUUCCGGACAGAAUACCCAAAACUCCCAUGCCCAUCCCUCCAGCGGUUACAACAACUACUACUCCAGUCAACAGCAGCCACGGACGGCACCGAAAGCCCUUGAUUACCAGAAACAGUUGCUGAACAACCAUACCGGUCCGAUUGGGAUACUCAAAAAUAACACCAGCAGCAGCAGCAGUGGCGGAGGCGGCAGUAGUGGAACCACCCACUCCAAACGGCGCCCCCUCAUCUACGACCUGAAACAGUAUGAGUAUUACAACAACGCCACAUCCCACAAGCAGCCAACUCACGCGCCAAGUGUCAAGAACACCAACAGCGUGCUCCAGCAGCACUACAGUGGCCAGAAUUACAACAUAAAUUACAAUCUGAAUUUUACGAAAAAUCAAUACAAUAUACUUAUAUCGCCACCAACAACGACGACGACGCCCGGCCUUACCAGUGGAUCCGGAGCAGCGCCACCAUACGACGAGAACAAUCACUACAACAGCCACUAUCAGUAUCAGAACAACGUCAGUAGAAACUACAAGAACAGCAACUACCACAGCACGAGUAGCACCUUCUAUCCCCCUCAUCACAACAUCUACAGCAACUACAAUCAGUAUCUUAGCCAUCAACAGCAGCAGCAGCAUCACCAUCAAAGUAAAUCGUCCUCGUAUCUGGACGAGAAGCCACCCCUUCUGGGCGUCGGAGAUCCCAACGAUUGCGGAAGUGGUGGUGGAGUUGGCAUCGGAAAAAUGCAACGCGAAGAGAUUAUCAUCGAGCACAGUCAGCUGGUUGGAGACGGAAGUGGACCAGGCGCUGUCAUUCAUGCGGCUGCACCCGCUGGACGGGAACCAUGCGGCCCGGGAGGACAGCCAUUACUACGCGGCAAGGGUGGCGGCGGCAAGCUGACUGCUAUCAACCGAACGCAUCAUUUCACGCAGAUAAUCGCAGCUCUCGCAGUAUCGAUCGGACCGCUGGCGGCCGGUCUGGGAAAGGGCUAUCCGAGUCCUGCUAUUGCCAGCCUCCAGGAGCUACAGCUGCGCCAACGGGGCAACUAUACUGCCUUCUCCGUCAACGACCAGCAGGCGAGCUGGAUUGCAAGUCUUUCACUUUUGGGUGCACUAUUCGGUGGCAUGUUCGGCGGGGUCGCCAUGCAGUACGGCCGAAAGCGGGUGCUAGCGUUGAUGUCGUUGCCGUUUUCGCUUUCCUGGAUCCUGACGGUGUUUGCCAAAUCGGUCGAAACGAUGUUCUUCACCGCCUUCGUCGGGGGGUUCUGCUGUGCCAUCGUGUCAACCGUGACCCAGGUGUACAUCAGCGAGAUUUCCUCACCGGACAUCCGGGGCUUCCUCAGUGCAAUCCAGAAGAUCGCCGGCCAUCUGGGAAUGCUGAUAUCCUACAUGCUCGGGGCCUACCUGGACUGGCGGCAACUGGCCAUGCUGGUGUCUGCGGCGCCGAUUAUGCUCUUCAUAUCUGUGAUUUAUAUACCGGAAACGCCGAGCUUCUUAGUGUUAAGAGGUUGCGAUGAGGAAGCUCAUCGCUCACUACAAUGGCUUCGGGGUCCACACAAAAACGUAGAGAUAGAACUCGACACCAUCCGUUCGAACGUGCGUACAUCGAGAAUCAAUCUGUUGAACCGGAUGUCCACGCUGGCCAGCACCACUUCGGUACCGAACGGUGCCACCAGUCAGCAACUCCCCACGCAUCAUCAGCAGGACCAGCAACAGGGCAAUCGGGUAAGCGCCCGUUUGUCGCAGAUCGUGCGGUCAUGUCAACUGCCGCGGAUAUCCUUCGCUACGGUAGUGUCCAACGUGAAAUCCGUUAUGCGCAACGCUCGCCUGGUGAAACCCGUCUCCAUCACCUGUGGCCUUAUGAUCUUUCAACGAUUUACCGGUGCUAACUCGUUCAACUUCUACGCGGUGACCAUCUUCAGCAAAACGUUCGCCGGCAUGAACCCGCACGGAGCGGCCAUCGCAGUAGGCUUCGUUCAACUUCUUGCUUCGAUGCUAUCCGGACUGCUCAUCGACACAGUAGGCCGCAUACCGUUGCUCAUCGUGAGCAGCGUGUUCAUGUCGUUGGCCCUGGCCAGCUUUGGUUCGUUCGUCUACUACGGCCAAACGAACAAGAUGCUCGCCGCCGCAAGCUUCGAUCUGGAUGCACAAACCGGAAACGACGACUGGAUACCACUGUUGUGUGUUCUGGUGUUCACUGUUGCUUUUUCGCUGGGAAUUUCGCCCAUAUCGUGGCUUCUGGUGGGAGAGUUGUUCCCACUGGAGUACCGAGGUAUCGGCAGCUCGAUUGCCACCAGCUUCAGCUACUUCUGCGCUUUCCUCGGUGUCAAGACGUUCAUAGAUUUCCAGGCGGCCUUCGGACUGCACGGCACGUUUUGGCUAUACGCCUGCAUAUCCUGCGUUGGGUUGUUCUUCGUCAUCAUGGUCGUCCCGGAGACCAAGGGCCGUGAUCUGGAGGAGAUGGAUCCGAAGUACGUGCGAACUCUGACGAUAAAUCGAUGAGACAUGGGAACGCACGUAGAGUAUCUAGUAUAGUAUUUAAUGGGCCCUCGCGCGCAAUCUUCUUCCACGUCCUACGUUGUGCUUAGAACCCGCUUGAUAGGAGUCAGCUUUUGCGCCGUUGUAUGUCCCGGAAAGUUCAGUGCGUAUGUAAUGAUACUUAAAUUGAUUUUAAGUGUAAUGAUUGAAUAAGGACGUGAGUAGCUGUUGAAUGAGAGUCUGAAACGACUGAUGAAUGUUGUGAAUCGAUAUUUAAAUGUUCCUAAAAUGUGAGCACCGAUUGGUGAGUGCUAUGAUGAGAUAGUUAUUGUUAUAGUCUAGGGAAACGCGAAUGUUGCUUAUGAUUUAUGCUUAUUAUUUAAAACUAAAAGUGAUUGAAAGGUGAGUGGGCGACUGUACAUAACAUCAAAAGCGAAAGGGAAACCGUACUUAGAUGAAGUAAAAAUUUUAAUUGAGAGUCAAACUGACAAAAACGAAAAAGUGAAACGUUUCAUUUAAAACAAUUAUUCUUCCGUUUAACAUUGUCGACAAACUAGGAACGAAUACACAAAUGUAAAUAUAGGUCCGUUAAACGCACAAAGGAGUAUUGAUAACAGUAAACACGAGUAGAGCUGAACCGCGAAGGAAAACCGCUAUUCACCUGUUUGUAGAAUCGAAGUUGAGAAGUGCUUUCUCUAUCUGGUCACAAUUAUUGAACGUGUGCUGUGUAGUGAUGCUGCCAUUUGCCUAAAGCUAAAGGAUACAGUUCAAAUUGGGUGAUCAAAUUGCGCAAUUUAUUUUAUUUUUAUUAUGGGAUUUAUAUCUGUUUAAUUUAUAUGAAUAGUAUCAUUUUCCUUUUUGUAUCAUUUUCGUUCUGUGUAAGUACUUAAACUUUGAUUAACACCGAGGUUAUACUUUUAAUACCAAGGAAUCCUUUUGAAAUAAUUAUUUGAAUCUGGUGCAAAUAUUUGUAAAACUUCUAUUAUGGUGAGUUUAGUGAAAUUCUCGAAAGCAACGGGUAAUACAAUAGGGUUCCUAGGAGCGAAUAAGCAUAAUUUUGAUUAGAAUUAUGGUAAGAUUUGGCAAAUAAUGUUUUCAGGUUCUUCUUCUUCUUCUUCUUCUUGGUCCUCACUGGGACAGAGCCGGCUACUCAGCUUAGUGUUCUUU